AAACCGAUCGAUGGAGGUGGAGGUAGUCCCGCUCAUCCGCAGUAGCUUCGAUCACUCUCCGCCCGCAUUCCCGCUCUCCAUGGACCUCGAUCCUCCCAAAUCCAGCCCGGAUUACGCCCCGGCGCAGUUCCGCCCCGCGGCGCCUCCGUCCUCGGAAGAAACUCGUGAGGGCCUCCGGAUGGAAACGGGCGAUGAUGGUUUGCUCUUCCCGGAGGACGUCCUCUCUCCGAACCCGCCGGAGUCGACGGCGGCGACGAGGCUUCAGAAGGUGUACAGGAGCUACCGCACCCGCCGCAGGUUAGCGGACUCCGCCGUCGUGGCCGAGGAGCUCUGGUGGCAGGCGAUAGACUUCGCUCGGCUCAACCGCAGCACGGUGUCGUUCUUCGAUCACAUGAAACCCGAGACGGCGAUCUCGCGGUGGAAUCGGAUUAGCUUGAAUGCUUCCAAGGUUGGUCGAGGAUUAUCCAAGAACGCCAAAGCUCUGAAACUGGCUUUUCAGCACUGGAUUGAAGCCAUUGAUCCAAGACAUCGAUAUGGGCAUAACUUGCACUUUUACUAUGAAGAAUGGUGUAAAAGUGAAGCUGGCGAGCCCUUCUUCUACUGGUUGGACAUUGGUGAUGGCAGAGAUUUGGACCUUAUAGAUCGUCCAAGAUCAUUACUUCGGAAACAAUGUGUCAAGUAUCUUGGUCCUAUAACAAAUGGCAAGGAUGCUUCUCCAAUUUUAGAAGAUGACAUACACAAUCUUCUGAAGAAUUGUAAAGAUGCAUCACCCCUGGAUGGAAAACAUAACAACCAAGUUUCAAAGUCCCAAUUGUUGGCAGAGCAAGAACGAGAGCAAUAUGAAUAUAUCCCACUGGAUGGUAAAAUUGUCCACAAACUUUCUGGAGUGCUUCUUGAUACCACCUCAGGAACCAAAGAAACAAAAUGGAUUUUUGUCAUGAGCACAUCCCGGAGACUGUAUGCUGGCCAGAAAAAGAAAGGAAUCUUUCACCAUUCCAGCUUUCUGGCUGGAGGAGCCACUAUAGCAGCUGGAAGAUUCACUGCAGAAAAUGGGAUACUGAAGUGUAUUUCAGCAUACAGUGGGCAUUACCGACCAACUCAGGAGAAUUUCAACAGCUUCUUAAGCUUUCUCAGAGAAAAUGGGGUUAAUCUGAAUGAAACUAAGAUAUCCUCGUCAUCAAAUGAUGAUUACUAUGUUGAAAAGAGACGGUCUCAGCUCGAAGAGAUGAUUGAAGCUAUGAAAGUUUCCAAAACACCAAAACUAGUUCUACCUACCGAAGUAAAGAAGAAUACAAAUGCAGAGCCAUCAGUGACUUCACAAGCUUCUAGCGGUGCUCAAACCUUAUGCGGUGGCCUUCAGAGUCCGAAAGCCGAUGUGCCGAAGAAGGUGAUAUUGGAGAGGCUCAAUUCGAAGAGGAAAGCAAGUUCUUACCAGUUGGGUCAUCAGCUUUCUUCGAAAUGGUGCAGCGGCGCUGGUCCAAGAAUUGGAUGCGUUGCAGAUUAUCCAUUUGAAGUCAGAGUACAAGCUCUGGAGUUUGUAAACCUUUCACCCAGGAUGACCUCCCCCCAUCAAAAUCCUAGCAGCUCCCUCAAGCAUUAGUCAUUUUAGCCAGUUUAUGUAUUGUAUGACAUCAAUCCUUGUAUUGUUAUGCGAUAGAAAGCCUUGGAGUCACAGUACAGAUAACCAACAAUACCUUUCAGCUCAUGCUGAGUUGAUGAGAUAAGAUGUUCUUAUUCUUUGUAA